CUGCGCAGAAUCGAAAAAAUCGCACCGCUUGUGCCGAACUGUAAACUAAGCAUUGACGAAAGGUGUGAGAAUAAUAUAACAGUCGCGCGCGUCGCUCAAGUCUUAAAUAAUAAUUAUUAUUUGAAAGCUCAGUUAAGUCGAUUGAAUUGUGAACGAUAGUACGGAUUUCGUUUGUUAAUUCGGCCUUUGAAUAGUCAAGAUGUCGAUUGGCGUGCCAAUAAAGGUGUUGCAUGAAGCAGAGGGUCACAUCAUAACCUGUGAAACAAACACUGGCGAGGUAUAUCGUGGUAAACUUAUCGAGGCGGAAGAUAAUAUGAACUGUCAAAUGCAAAAUAUCACAGUUACGUAUAGAGAUGGACGUGUAGCACAAUUGGAAAAUGUCUAUAUUCGUGGAUCGAAAAUUGGCUUUCUUAUAUUGCCAGAUAUGUUGAAAAAUGCUCCAAUGUUCAAAAGACCUGGUGGGAAAGGUUCUGGGACAGCGGGCAGAGGAAAAUCUGCCAUCUUGCGUGCUCAAGCGAGAGGUAGAGGUAGAGGACAAAAUCAAAGAGGUAGAGGCACGGGUUCCGCUCCUUGGCUCAAUCAACAGAAUCAGACAAGUGGACCUCAAACUGGUCGUGGAAGAGGCUAAUCCUAACGUGAAUAUUAUUUUACCUAAUAACAGCCAAACAAGUGAAAGAACUCUAAUCAUGCGUUAAUCAUAUUUUUCUAAUAAUAAGAAAUAAACCUUAUGUGUCGCUUAAUGCUUCAUUAAUUUAGGUAAAUAAUAAUUUGAUAAAUAAAUAUUUAAAGCUAAACUAA